AUGAGAAGCGAGCCUGCGCCUGCAUGGGACUCUGGGAACAGCACCGUUUGGGAGAAAUACACUGACAUCGCCUUUGUGUUGGCAAACAGCUUGAUUCUGCUGGUCACCUCUGUCGUGGGGAUUGCAGCAAAUAUUUUUGUCAUACUGGCAGUUUAUCGCCAAAAAUCCCUGCAAACUUCCAACAAUGCGCUGGUGGUAAAUCUUGCAGUUAUAGAUAUUCUGAGGUGUGUCAUUGACUGCCCCAUUCUCUUAACCAUCGUCGUGACUGUGUAUCAAAGGGGACAUGUGGACGGUGUGAUCUGUGACACACAAGUGGCAUCUUUCUCCUUCAGCUGCUGCAUACAGCUUUUGACACUGGCUUGCAUAAGUGCAGAGAGACACCAGGCCAUUGCACAACCCUUCAAAACCAUUCAGAGGCGAAGACGGAUUAUGGUGCUGAUUCCUGUCACAUGGACCUUGGCUAUUGUGGUGGCUGGGUUUUGUCUGAUAUUUGUGAAGGACUCACCCGUGCAUGUGAGAUGCAAAGGUUUACAGAGAAAAACAUCAUCCUCCUACGACACAUUUGGACUUUACAUGUUGUUACCACUUUGGGCAGCUUGCUUUGGUGUCAUCAUUGGAUUCUAUACUCGCAUAUUUACCCUUGUGAGAUCGCACAAUCGCAAAAUAUUUGACAAAGGUAGUUUCCCUCUUUCAAAAAAAGACAAAACAGAAAAUAAUCAGAAGAAAGAAGGAACCACAGCUGUGGAAAAUAGACGCGAAAAAUCGGAGCAAAACCAAACCUUGAGCAAAAGUGUUGCUCAGGUGGAAGUAGUGACACAAGCUGAACCAAAUUCAUUGAAGAAAGAUUCCACAGCUGCUUUACUGACCUCAACAAAAGCUCUGCAAUGUGUCUCCAUCGGUUCGGACAAUAAAACAGAAUUAAAAAAUACCCUGGAGUUAACCGACUUGGAGACAGAACAACCUCGCCCACCUGCAAUGCAGGCUGCAGCGCAGACUGAGGAGAGGCCUUUUAAAACAGAGCACUCCGAUCCCUGUGCCAAGAAAGUUGAAGCAAACCCAUCAAAUGGAGAUGCUGUUGCUAGUGUUAAGAGCUCAACCACAAAGCUGCAGAAGGUGUCAAGCAAUUUCGACACAGAAAAGCAGUCCAAAGAUAGAGUGGAAAUUGACAAAGCACCCUCUGAAAUGAAAGAAACCAGCCCCCAUGUUGCAUCAUCUGCACAGUUAGAAACCCCUGGAUCCAAUUCUGUAUUACUGAGUGAACUAAAACAACCUAAGAACAACAACGGGGGAGAAACGCUUGCUGUUGCUACAGUAGAUCAAGUGUCUUCAUUAACUCCAGUCUCGAAUAAAGUCCCUGAGACAGAAGCUGCAAAAGAGAAUGUGGAGGUGGAAGGUGCUGUUUGCAUGAUGCCUUCAAAAGCAAGUAAAGAGAGAGCGAAAAAAAAGAAGGAAAGUAAAAUGGCAAAGCGGGCUGGCUACAUAAUUAUAACUUUCCUCUUAUUCUGGCUGCCGCUGAUCACAACCAUCCUGAUGAAUUUUGUUAUACACAAAAACAAGAAUACACAGAUAACAGUCAUUCGGGACGUGGAGAUUCUGUCAGUCUCUGUCGCCUGCAUCACAUCAUUGAGUGACCCAAUAAUAUAUGCUGCAGUGAACCCUCAGUUUCGGACAGAGUUUUAUAGGCUUAAAAACAAGGUUAAAUCCAUAUUCAAUAAGAAUUGAUAAUAUCUCCACUUCUGUCUACUUUUGACCUGCACUAGACCAGAUGACCACAUUCAAUAUUCACUAUGUAUCUGAAUAAUACAAUGGUUAACAUUUGUCUUGUCAUUGUUCAAAUAUUAACUAAAUUAAACCCCAAACGUCAAAGUGUGAAUUUUUAUUUGUGUAGGAGGCCUAUUAUUUUGUAUGCUGCUGAGUUGAGUUAGAUUUUAUUCUGGCUGACGUCUCAGCAGUUUCUAAACAGCUG